GUGGGAGAGAGAGAGAGAGAGAGAGAGAGAGAGAGAGCAUGUGAAGAAGGUGGAGAUCUUUUUGAUAAUUUUAUCUCCUCCUCCUCCUCCUCCUCCUCCUCCGUCCUUUAAUUUCAGAUUGCGCCGGCGAUGGAGGUGGAAUCCUUAGCGAGGGAGAUGGAGACGGCGGUGCGUGUGGUGCACCUGGCUUCUUCUCUGUGUGUAAAAGUUCAGGAGAAGCUUCGUCUUCCUUCCUCCAUUAACGGUAACGGUAACGGUGGCCACGUUAAGUCCAAGGAUGAUGAUUCCCCUGUCACCGUCGCAGAUUGGGGUGUUCAAGCUAUUGUGAGCUGGAUUUUAGCUGAGGUUUUUGGUACUCAGAACCUUUCUAUUGUAGCUGAAGAGGACACUGAUUCCCUCUCCAAGGCCGAGUCUUUAGCUCUUUUGGGAGCUGUCUCUAACGUAGUCAAUGAAGCAUUGUCUGAAGCUACCAAAUACGGUCUUACAAAGCCAGACGAGCCCUUGGGAUCGGAUGACAUUCUAAAAGCUAUUGGUCGAUGCAACUCCACUGGAGGUCCAAAGGGAAGACACUGGGUUCUUGAUCCCGUAGAUGGGACGUUAGGUUUUGUUCGUGGCGAUCAGUACGCGGUUGCUUUGGCUCUGAUUGAGGACAGUGAGGUCCUGUUGGGGGUACUAGGAUGUCCUAACUAUCCGGUCAAGAAAGAGGGCUUAAGUAACGGUUGCAACCAAUCUGGAGCUGGAUCAGUCUCGAAAGGGUGUGUCAUGUACGCAAAGAGAGGUAGUGGUCAAGCCUGGAUGCAACCGUUACUCCCUAAUGGAUAUCCGGAAUCUGCAACGCUUCUUAAGGCUUCGACAGUUGAUGAUCCGGUUUUAGCUACGGUUUGUGAGCCAGUGGAGAGAGCAAACUCUAACCACUUGUUCACCGCAGGACUUGCCAAUAGCAUGGGAGUUAGGAAACAGCCUAUGAGAGUGUACAGCAUGGUGAAGUAUGCAGCGAUUGCAUGUGGAGACGCUGAAGUGUUCAUGAAGUUUGCGCAGUCGAGUUACAAGGAGAAGAUAUGGGAUCACGCAGCUGGAGUUGUGAUUGUGGAAGAAGCUGGUGGUGUGGUGACUGAUGCGGGCGGGAGAAAGUUAAACUUCUCAAAAGGAGUUUACUUGGAAGGUCUUGACAAAGGAAUCAUAGCGUGUUCUAAUACAGUUUUGCAUGAUAAGAUUAUAGGUGCUGUUUAUGCUAGUUGGGAAUCUUCUAGUCUCUGAAUAAGCUUAGCCACGUUCCUCAGUUUGUUGCAGAAUCAUCUAGCCUACGUUUUUAAAGCAAAUGUAAAGAAGAAACUGAUCUCCUUAUCCUAAACAGUUUUCACUUUGAUCA